AUGGCCGAAAUUGCACUGCCAAAGGCUAUCGAUGUCUUUCCUGCUUCUAUCUCUGGACCCGAAGUCACUAAAUCUUCUGCGCUUGUUGAUAUUGUUACUAGUGAUAAUGACAAGUCUUCCGAUUGCUCUUUCCACAUUGAGACACCGCUCGCAAGCGAAACCGGCAUAAAAAAUCGACGUUAUUCUAGUCGAAAUGCUAACGUCAGGAAGAAAACAGCCUUACCAAAAAAUGACUCCACAACUAACUCCAAGGAACUUGAUUCAAACCUCGAGUGCUCAAAAUUAGUUCAAACACAAUGUGACUCACUUUCCAAUGAAAGAAUGGCGCGCUCCCAGCGUGCACAUAGGCUGAUUCGAAUAUACUUUUCGGAAGAUGAUGUUGGAAAACCUCUCCAAUCAUCUUGUGAAGAAACGCUGAGACCAUCAGAGACGUUCAUACUUGGUGAUGCCGUAAUGCCACAUGCAUCAGGAAGAGUGGAGAAUAAUCAUGAUUCUGUAAAAAUUGAUUGGUUUAUUUGGCCUCCAGCUCUUACAGAGCGCCAGAUCGAAAUUAUUCGUGUUCGUGUGCGCGAAUUCCUUCAUAUGCAUGCAGGGAGUAUUGAGGCCGGUCAGCUAACUGGCCGGACAAUGGCAAAUAUUUUCCAUGGAAUCGGAACUCCUAUUUUCCCAGCCCAGGCUUGGUCCAAAUCACAUCGAUUUUGGCGUAGCCAGCUUGGAAUGGACUGGCCAACAAUACGUCGUAUUGCAACAGAAGAAAUUCUAAUUGCAGCUUCUGAUUUUCGGCUGUGA